AUGGACCCAAGCUCCACUGAUAGCCAUUACCAUCACCAUGAUCAUGAUCGUACUUCUAUGGAACCACUGAACAUUGGCGAUGGCUACGACGACGACACGACUUCCAUGGGACAUACCACCAUGGAUUCUCCUUCUUUGGUCCGCCGACAGAUGGUAGUGUUUUUCAUAGCAGCAGUCUUUCUGAUUGUGAUUGAAACUGUGGUUCCGUCCGCCACUGCCACCAUGGUAGAGUUGGCCACGGGAAGACCCCUGAUCACAAUGAUGACGAUGAAUGAUCCAGGUGCUGCCAGGACAGCCAAGACCAUGUUGGCACAGCUGCAACAGUCCCGCCAGGAAUGGAUUGAUACCACACUCAAGGUAGACUACCGUAUGGUCAAUACCCAACGGGCGUUUCGAGAUCCUUUCCAGUUGCCUCUCCCACAACAACAACAACAACGUGGACAUGAUGAUAAUGAGAAAGCGGAUACCAAAAGUACAGAAGAUCUGACGGCAUGGAACCGCAUGAAACGAAAAUUUCAAAUCAAGUUUCUACAGAUUCGAUCGAUUGUCUGCUUUAUUGACAUGACAGUGGGAAUGACGGUUCUCGGCAUGGAUCUGAACUACCAAAAGAAUACAAUCUACAAGGCAUUUCCAGACUUGUAUGGGAUGAAAGAAGACCAAAUUGACGAGUUGCCUCCACUCGUCAACUCCAGAACUGGCAUGGCCACUUGGCAUCCUGGCUGGAAAUAUCAUGCCUUGGUGGGACACAUGUUGGCAUUCACCGUCUUACAAGUGGCUAUCGAUGCACUGGAAGAACUGGUCCAACUAAUAAUAGACGAGCCAGCCCAUCAUGGACGAGAAACCCUGGAACAAAAGCAGGCUCGAUUGCAAAAGCAGCUACGACAAUUGGACGCUGCCGAGCAGGAAGAUGACGAAACUAUAUUUCGAAAACCCGUACCGGCGGAACUCAUCGCCCACUUUGAUUCCUAUCUAUGGAAGGGGGACCACAAGGAGGAAAACAAACUGGCCAUGAUGAAACAGCCAACGUCGUCCUUCUUGGAAAUGCUCAUCAAAGAGGCAUCCUUUUGUCACACGGCAUUGUUGCCCGCAGAGAUUCGCAUCCGCGGUUUGCUGACCGACAACCCCCACAAUGAUAAUGAUGUGGGCUCUGUGUGGGAUCAAAACUACGACAUGGGAGUCAUGCAAUCCGAUGUGGCUUUGGCGGAGUCGCCAGAUCCAAGUGCUGGCCAAACGCCCCAUGUGUUACAAAGCAGCCGACCAGAUCAAUCUGAUUUCAUGAUGAUUGGCACGGACCCAAAAGAACACCAGUCCUGUUCUUCUCACGACAACAACAUGUUGAAUGCCGACUACAAGGAUUACUUUUUCGUCACGAGCCGCGAAUCUUGGACGUUGCACAAAGAAGAAGCUUGGCGCAAAGUGCCCUUUCCGAAUCCGUCGGAGCAAGCUUACUACACCGAGUUUGAACCGCUAGUGGCACGUGGAUGGGUCUUCAUCUGCAUGUCCACUUGUCCCUGGGGCCGCUGUCCCAUGGGGGAUAUCCGGAAUCAUGUCUUGGAUUUGACCACUGAUCCUGCUGGUGGCGGGAGAAUUGAAAUGGAGGUCAACCAAGUGAACGUUACAAGUGUGCACUGCAUGAACAAGUGUUGUGCGCUGAAGCACGAAGUGGAAGGAGACGACGAUAAACAGGAAACGCAAGCAUUCAUUUGGAGACCCCAACCGAACGGUCAGUAUGUAUUUCGAGCAAGAAUUACCGACAACACAGUGUGGAGCUAUGCCCGGUUCAGUUCCUUUAUUGUACUGUAG